UCUUCCUCCGACUUGUCCCCGGGCCCCGGCCCUGCCCUCUGCCCCGUGCUUAUAACCCGGGAUGCGCGCCGCCACCAGCCCUGCUCCGCCGCCUGCCGCCGCCGCCUGCCUCCCGACGAGAUGUCCGGCAAAGGCUCCGUGGUUCUGGCCUACAGCGGGGGCCUGGACACCUCCUGCAUCCUCGUGUGGCUGAAGGAGCAGGGCUAUGACGUCAUUGCCUACCUGGCCAACGUCGGCCAGAAGGAAGACUUUGAGGAAGCCAGGAAGAAGGCGCUGAAGCUUGGGGCUAAAAAGGUGUUCAUCGAGGACGUCAGCAAGGAGUUUGUGGAGGAGUUCGUCUGGCCCGCCAUCCAGUCCAGCGCACUGUACGAGGACCGCUACCUCCUGGGUACCUCUCUCGCCCGGCCCUGCAUUGCCCGCAAACAGGUGGAGAUCGCCCAGCAGGAGGGAGCCAAGUACGUGUCACACGGCGCCACAGGAAAGGGGAACGACCAGAUCCGGUUUGAGCUCACCUGCUACUCGCUGGCCCCCCAGAUUAAGGUCAUCGCUCCUUGGAGGAUGCCCGAGUUCUACAACCGGUUCCAGGGCCGCAACGAUCUGAUGGAGUAUGCAAAGCAACAUGGAAUUCCCGUCCCAGUCACCCCCAAGAACCCGUGGAGCAUGGACGAGAACCUGAUGCACAUCAGCUACGAGGCUGGAAUCCUGGAGAACCCCAAGAACCAAGCGCCUCCAGGCCUCUACACAAAGACCCAGGACCCGGCCAAAGCCCCCAACAGCCCAGACAUCCUUGAGAUCGAGUUCAAGAAAGGGGUCCCUGUGAAGGUGACCAACGUCAGGGAUGGUACCACCCACAGCACGGCCUUGGAGCUCUUCCUGUACCUGAAUGAAGUCGCGGGCAAGCAUGGCGUGGGCCGCAUCGACAUCGUGGAGAACCGCUUCAUUGGGAUGAAGUCCCGGGGUAUCUACGAGACCCCAGCGGGGACGAUCCUUUACCACGCUCAUUUAGACAUCGAGGCCUUCACCAUGGAUCGGGAAGUGCGAAAAAUCAAACAAGGCCUGGGCUUGAAAUUCGCCGAGCUGGUGUACACGGGUUUCUGGCACAGCCCCGAGUGUGAAUUUGUCCGCCACUGCAUCGCCAAGUCCCAGGAGCACGUGGAAGGGAAAGUGCGGGUGUCCGUCUUCAAGGGCCAGGUGUACAUCCUUGGCCGGGAGUCCCCACUGUCCCUCUACAACGAGGAGCUGGUGAGCAUGAAUGUGCAGGGAGAUUACGAGCCAGUUGAUGCCACUGGUUUCAUCAACAUCAACUCCCUCAGGCUGAAGGAAUAUCAUCGCCUCCAGAGCACGGUCACCGCCAAAUAAACCGGCUGACAAUGGGGAGCUGGGCCUCCUCGCUUUGCCCAUCUCCCAAGUACGGCCGCUAAUUGUUGUGAUAAUUUGUAGUUGUGACUUGUCCUCCAGGGCUGGCAGUGCAGUGCAGGUGCCAGGCCCCGGCUUUGUUCCCUGGUCCCCUGGAGCCUGCAGAAGUGGUCAGCAAACGGAAGGGGCGGGGGCCGGCUGCAGUCAGGAGCUGUAAAAUGACGAUUAAAAAAAAAUGAUACGGGCUUCCCUGGUGGCGCAGUGGUUGAGAAUCUGCCUGCUAAUGCAGGGGACACGGGUUCGAGCCCUGGUCUGGGAAGAUCCCACAUGCCACGGAGCAGCUGGGCCCGUGAGCCACAAUUGCUGAGCCUGCGCGUCUGGAGCCUGUGCCCCGCAACGGGAGGGGCCGCGAUGGAGAAAGGCCCGCGCACCGCGAUGAAGAGCGGUCCCCGCACCGCGAUGAAGAGUGGCCCCCGCUUGCCGCAACUGGAGAAAGCCCUCGCACGAACCGAAGACCCAAUACAGACAA